AAAAGUUUCUCUUGGGGGGCGGAGUCAUAAGAAAAAGCACAUGUCAUGGCUGCUGCAAACGGGGAGCCGAGCCGAGAGUGGAGCGAGGAGCAACUUCAUAAUGACGAUCUACCGAAGAAGGACGUGAUCGUCUUCCUGCAGCAGCACUCAUCGGAGUCGUUCCUGGCAGAAUACAAGUUGCUUGGAAAUGUCAAAAAUGUAGCAAAAACAGCCAAGAAGGAUCAUCUCAUCACAGCCUAUAACAAAUUGUUUGAAACAAAGCGUUUCAAGGGAACAGAGGGAGUUGAAGGUAUGGGAAGACUAGUGAAAGAUAUGAAAGUCGAAGAUAAGCCUGAAGCCAAGAUAGAAGAGGUGGUCGAUGAGGGUCCCCCCAAGUACACGAAGUCCACUCUGAAGAAGGGAGACAAGACCAACUUCCCAAAGAAAGGAGACACUGUGCAUUGUUGGUACACUGGGAGCUUGGCAGAUGGAACCGUGUUUGACAGCAAUAUACCAGCAAGUGCAAAGAAGAAGAGGGGUAUGAAGCCAUUUAUCUUUAAAGUCGGUCUUGGCAGAGUCAUUAGAGGUUGGGAUGAAGCUCUUCUCACCAUGAGCAAAGGUGAAACGGCUAAACUAGAAAUCGAGUCUGAAUGGGCCUAUGGCAGGAGGGGUCAACCUGACUCAAAAAUCCCACCCAACGCCAAGCUGUUUUUUGAAGUGGAACUGGUUGACAUCAAUUGAAAUAUAAGAGCUGUGAUCUCCAACUACCAGAAUGUGGCGGAUUAAUGCUUUGUUUACACCUCUGCUGCCAACUACCAUGUAAAUAAACUGGACACGUUGAUCUUUUGGUUGUUUCUUUUAUUAAUCAUUUCAAGUCUCUGGAAGAUUUGCACGGUCGUGCGACGCUGUACACAAAUAAAAUUUGUCCUUUUCCCACAAA